AUGGAGAGCUAUUAUUUGAACCAAAGUGACUUGUUGCCGCUGAACGAGUCGUGGUCGUCCGAGCCCAACCAGACAAAUCCCCUGAAGAGGAAUGAGGAGGUGGCCAAGGUGGAGGUGACCGUCCUGGCACUGAUUCUCUUCCUGGCGCUCACCGGUAACCUGUGCGUCCUGGCGGCCAUCCACAGCGCCAAGCACAGCCAGUCGCGCAUGUACUACUUCAUGAAGCACCUGAGUAUCGCCGACCUGGUAGUGGCCGUCUUCCAGGUCCUGCCUCAACUCAUCUGGGACAUCACCUUCCGCUUCUACGGGCCGGAUCUGGUGUGCAGGUUGGUCAAGUACCUGCAAGUGGUGGGCAUGUUCGCCUCCACCUAUAUGCUGGUGCUCAUGUCGGUAGACAGGUGCCUGGCUAUCUGCCAGCCUCUGCGCUCCCUGCACAGGAGGAAGGACCGCUUCUACGUGGUGCUCUCCUGGAGCUUGAGCAUGCUCUUCAGCGUGCCGCAAUUGUUCAUCUUCUCCCUCCGGGAGAUUGGCUCCGGGGUGCACGACUGCUGGGCCGACUUUAUCAAGCCGUGGGGUGCCAAGGCGUACAUUACGUGGAUCAGCCUGACUAUUUAUAUUAUCCCGGUGGGAAUUCUGAGCGUCUGCUACGGCCUGAUCAGCUUCAAGAUAUGGCAAAACUUUAAGCUGAAGACCCGGCGGGAGCAGUGCAUCAGCCUGACGCCCAAGAGCGGAAAAGGAGGCAGCACGUUGGCGCGCGUUAGCAGCGUCAAGCUCAUCUCCAAAGCCAAGAUGACCACCGUCAAAAUGACUUUUGUGAUCGUGCUGGCCUACAUCGUGUGCUGGACCCCCUUCUUCUCCGUGCAGAUGUGGUCCGCCUGGGACCCCGCCGCUCCACGCGAGGCCAUGCCCUUCAUCAUCUCAAUGCUGCUGGCCAGCCUGAAUAGCUGCUGCAACCCAUGGAUCUACAUGUGCUUCGCGGGUCACCUCUUCCACGACCUGCGGCAAAACUUCCUGUGCUGCUCGGCGCGUUACCUCAAGUCAUCGCAGUGCCGCUGUGAGCUUGACUUGGACUCCAGCCACAAGAGCAUCUCGUCCACCUUUGUUAUUAAGAGCACCAGCAGUCAGAGGAGCAUCACGCAGACGUCCAGCACGUGA